UAAGAGAAUGUAAGUGCACCCCUUCAUAAGCAUCCACCCUCACCUGGUAUCUCACUCACACACACACACACAGUGGGAAACACAGGCGUUCUGCUGUGAGGACUUCAUUCCUGUAAACAUGUCUUUAAAUCACUUUGUUGAUGCUGCAGUUGAUAAAGCAGCGGCAGCUGCCAAAAUGAAGGUGAAGUCCAUGCUGGGCGGAGGAGGAGGAAACGCCAAGCAACCAGCUAAGUCAGGAGGCAUGGGAGGCCUUUUUCCCUCAUCAGGAGAUUCAGGUAACGACGGCAAAGAGAAGAAAGGAGGACUGUUUGGAGGCCUGCUCUCAACACCACAGGGCGAGACAAACCCAGGAGGAGCAGGAGGUGCAGCAGGAGGUGCAGAAAACCAGGAUUUCAACUCGGCAGUGGAUGAGCUUGCUGGUUUCUAAGAUGAAGGUCUUCAAAAAUGCUGCAAUUAUUAAAUUUCUGCUUUUCUUCUGAUCGGAGUUGGACAGAACUAACACAACAGGAAAAGCUCCUGUGUGUAUGAAGGCAUGGCAAAUGAAGAAGUGAGAAUUCAGCCUCUUACUAUUAUAUCUAUUAACAGAUAUAUUAUAUUAUAUUAUAUUAAUUAUAUUAUAUUAUAUUAUAUUAUAUUAUAUUAUAUUAUAUUAUAUUAUAUUAUAUUAUAUUAUAUUAUAUUUUAUUAUAUUAUAUUAUAUUAUAUUAUAUUAUAUUAUAUUAUAUUAUAUUUAUAAACUGUCAACUAGCUCUACAUGAUCGCAUGUGAUUCAGUGUUUGACGGAAUUGUAUAAAUAAUGUGUUCUUAUACUCAAUAUUUUACAAAUAUUUCCAACUUAAUAUGGACAAAUAUGUCUGAUUACUAAAAUGUAUAAGAUUCACAUUAGAUAUAUACUAAGCUUUGUUUGGAAUAAUGUAAAUUUGUUGUAUUUAUGUUUUUUGUUUUUAACUUUAGCCUUCUUUUGCAAAGCCCCACUCAGAGCAGUUUUUAUAAACCUAAAAUCUCUUCUAUUCAAGUUCUACUUGUUAGUAGCAAUAUUGUAAUGGAAGCAAACUCUUUUGAAUAAAGAAAGCUGUUAAUGGUUCAA